AGUAUCUGAAAGAAAAGCGACAACAACAAAGCAACAAAAGCUGAUGAAUACGUGCGUUCGUGUGGGUGCCGUGCAUUCUGCGUACACAUAUACAUAUGUGCGCUUAAAUUAAAUACUUUGGCUUAAUUAAAUACUUCCGCGGCGUCGUUUAUCGUUGUUGUUGUUGAUAUUUUGCCUCUUCUUCACGCGCUUGUCUACGGUUAUCGAUUCUCGUCGUCUCGCUCCCCCGCACGCAGCGAGUUGUUGUUUGUUUGUUGUUUGUGUCUGUCACUCUCUCGCCCCGUCUCUCUCACUCUCUCGCCCGCCGUCGCGAUUUGUUUGUGUACUGAAAAGAGGCAGCAGCAAAAUAAAAGCCAAAAGACUGCGAAAAAGCAUAAAUAAUAAACAACGAGACAAGUGCAAAAAGCGCAGCGAAAAGGCCAGCUGGUAAAUCCAACUCAGAAAAACAUUCAGAGGAAACCGGAAAAUUUAUCACGCAAAUCAAAAGUGCAAUAAAAAGUUGAAAGUGUUUUACACAGCGCCAAAGAAGGAAGUUGAAGCGAGAAUAGUAAAUAAAUAAGAAGAGCCCACAGCUACACCGUCAUAUAAACAACAACCCAAACAUCCCACAUUCAACACCAAUUACAAAGUAAACAUUUACAGCUCAUUUCUCGCAGAAGAGAUUCGAGUGUAAGCCACAGAAAGAAAACAAGAAAACCUAAAAUCGCGCGCGCGUUUUAAAAGCGUUUUCGCCCCAGAUCUCUUACUUCGCGCGGCUUCGUCGCACGUAACUUAAAUAUAUCUUUCGCGCAACCACUGGGCUCAGGCCUCAAAAAUCCGCCAAAAUUCUACACCAACAAACUUUAAUCAGCCCCGAGAUUUCGCUCCAGUUCGCAACGGCGACCACAAUGCCCUACAACGGCGCUAGUAAUGGCAGUGGCGCCAGCGGCGCCGGCGGAGGGGGGGCCACCAUAGUGGUCACCGAGGGGCCCCAGAACAAAAAGAUCCGCACCGGAGUCCAGCAGCCCGGCGAGAACGAUGUGCACAUGCAUGCUAGGUCCACACAACAACAGAACCAGCAGCAAGCACUUAUGAACAAGUCAAAUGACGACCUACGGAGAAAGCGUCCCGAGACUACACGGCCAAAUCACAUUCUACUCUUCACCAUCAUAAAUCCCUUCUAUCCCAUCACAGUUGAUGUCUUGCACAAAAUCUGUCAUCCGCAUGGCCAAGUGCUGCGCAUUGUCAUAUUCAAAAAGAACGGAGUCCAAGCAAUGGUGGAAUUCGAUAAUCUGGAUGCGGCCACAAGGGCGCGCGAGAAUCUGAAUGGAGCCGACAUAUAUGCCGGUUGCUGCACCUUGAAAAUCGAUUAUGCCAAGCCCGAGAAAUUGAACGUGUACAAGAAUGAGCCCGAUACCAGCUGGGACUAUACGCUGACCACAGGUGAGAUUCUACCAAUACCAACACUGUCGACACCACAACAACAUGUACCACCUACACAUCAACACCACCACCACCACCACCAACAACAACAUCAACAACAAGCACCACUACCACAUCAACAUCAACUAGUUGCCCCAGCUCAAUCGCACAAUCUUUGUCAAUUUAAAGAGCCACCGCUAUUGGGACCCGGCGCCGCCUUCCCGCCAUUCGGAGCCCCCGAAUAUCAUCCCACCACGCCCGAGAACUGGAAGGGCGCCGCCAUCCAUCCCACUGGCCUGAUGAAGGAGCCCGCCGGCGUCGUUCCCGGACGCAAUGCUCCGGUGGCCUUCACACCGCAAGGACAGGCUCAGGGCGCCGUCAUGAUGGUCUACGGCCUGGACCACGACACUUCCAACACGGAUAAGCUCUUCAAUUUGGUUUGCCUGUACGGCAACGUGGCAAGGAUCAAGUUCUUGAAGACCAAAGAGGGCACCGCCAUGGUGCAAAUGGGCGACUCGGUGGCCGUCGAGCGUUGCGUACAGCACUUGAACAACAUUCCCGUGGGCACUGGCGGCAAAAUACAGAUUGCUUUCUCCAAGCAGAACUUCCUAUCCGAGGUGAUCAACCCGUUCUUGCUGCCCGAUCAUACACCCAGCUUCAAGGAGUACACAGGCUCCAAGAACAAUCGUUUCCUAUCGCCGGCCCAGGCCAGCAAGAAUCGCAUUCAACCACCGAGCAAGAUUUUGCACUUUUUCAACACACCGCCCGGCCUGACCGAGGACCAGCUGAUUGGAAUCUUUAACAUCAAGGAUGUGCCCGCCACCUCGGUGCGCCUGUUCCCCUUGAAGACCGAGCGCUCGUCGUCGGGACUGAUCGAGUUCCCCAAUAUCUCGCAGGCAGUGCUGGCCAUCAUGAAGUGCAACCAUCUGCCUAUUGAGGGUAAAGGCACCAAGUUCCCAUUCAUCAUGAAGCUGUGCUUUUCCUCGUCCAAGAGCAUGAAUGGGGCCUGGAACAAUGCGACCAGCGAGGGCAUGAUCGAGAAGGAGAACGAGGUCGAUACCAAGGUGGACAUCUACAAUUGAGAUUUGAUUACGAUUGUGUAAGCAAGCAAACAACAACCGGCUUAACUAGAACACAAUACAAAACUAUACUGAAGAAGAGGCAUUGGUCGUAGACAACAGGCAAAAGACAACAACAGCAGCAACAGCGGCAGCAGCAGCAGCAACAGCAGCCACUGCAACUGCAACAGCAACAGCUUCAACAACAGAUCGACAAACAUGAUGACGGCUUACACAUUCGAUAUAUAUGACAGGCAGGCGGCGAAUGCGCUGCAACAACAACUGAAGAAUUUCAAACAAAUUGAUUGCUAAAUCAACUUCAAAAAAAGAAAACCAACUACAAUUAAUUCAAUUAGGCGCAAACGCAUGUAACUUUUCUACGAGCCAUUUGCAUAGAUUUACUGAAUCCACCCUAUAUCAAUUCAGCUAAUUAAUAUGACAGCCUAUGUACGAUAUGGCCUCGUUCAAAAGCCACACACCGAAUGAACACUUGAUGCACUUUACAUACAUUACAUGCGUUUGCGUGGCAACAAAACAACAACAAAACAAGCAAAAUAAUACUAAAAAAUUUGAAUUGUUAUUAUUGUUACAAUGAAGAAUUAGGACUUUCUCACACAACACAGCAAGAAAAUGGAAUCAACUCCAACCAAUUGUAAACUAUGUAAUGUUUAAUUGAUAAAAAACGAGAAACAAACUAAACCAAAAAUAAAUAAUUGUAAUUCAAAACGAAACCAUGUUAAAAUAACUAAACAAUUCCCCAGCCCCCGCUCCGCACGCACCUUUCACCUUGACCUCCGACCCCAGCUUCCCAUCCCUCCACUCCAUAAUCCCGCGGCAGACUUCUGUAUAGUUAAUGUAAUAUGAUUUCGAAUAUAUUAAUGCAACAAAAAGAAACAUUUCUUUGGACAAUAUUUCGACAAGUAUUCGGGCGUGAGAAAAAGUCUUAACAAAAAAUAUUUAUUGAAAGGAUAAUAUUUGUGUAAAUUAAAACCAAAAAUUUAGCAAUUUUAAAUGAAAUUUAUUAAUUUUAGUUAUGCAAAAACAAGCUCUACGAACUGCUGCACCGACCACCGCAGCAUGUGUAAGGCGGAUGAUUUUAAAUUUCUUACUUAUAAAACAAGUGAAGGAAAGAAAAAAACUUGCACAAGCCAAUGUUUUUACUAUUAACAAACACAAGAAAAAGACAAGAUGGUAAACAUAAUUUUUAUGCUUAAUUUACAAAGUUGAAAAAGGCAUAAAUUUAUAUGUAUGAGAUGUAUUUGUAUUUACAUUAAAAUUAAUUUUAAUUUACACUAAAUGUAAAAAGCAAAUAAACUAAAACAAAAGAAAAAAUAACACAAGCUAAGGAAAAAAUAAAAAUUAAACCUACAAGAAAAUUUAGUUAAGUGCAAAUCGAAAAGAGCAUCUAGCAUAGUUAAGAAGCAGCAUCGUUCAGACAUGCAGACAGCAAACAUACAACAAAACCACAUAUUUUUGAGGCGUUUUAAAAUUAGAAGACAGAGCCAAACAUUUCAGAACUCCAAGUGAAGUUAGCAAAGCAAAGCUACUACUAAAGAUGGGUGAGGGCGUAUUGCAAAUGCGAAUAAAAGUAGACGGAAACAAAAGAAUUAACGAUAUCAGCAAUAAAGCAACAGCAACAACACCAUAUCAAAGGCGUAUGUUAGAUUACUAUAAUAUAAACGAAAUUAACAUAAAAGAUGCAAAAUAAUAAUAAUGUAAUACGAUAAUAUAUGAGUUCACUUGAGUUGUAUAAUUUUAUUUUAAGCUCCUUCGGUCGGCAGUUUGAGACCCAAAGAGAUUCGAACUCGUAACUGCCCUCCCACAGGGCGUUGUUCUAAACUACAUUUGUUUUUAAUGCAAAUCAACGAAUACAUAAAUACAUAAUGCUAGGGCCGCUAAACGAAUUUUCUUCACACCUUUCGUAGUUCACCGCUUGACAAGUUUGUUGGGCUUUCAUGUAGAUCAUUUCAUUCAUAUAACUAUCAAUAAAACUAUGUGCAAUUUGGGCUUUAAACGAGACUUCGUUUGUUCUAUUUUAUUUAUUGCAAUUUUCUCAUUUCGAUAACUAGUUCGUGUAAUUAUUUCAAGUGUCUUUACAGUCUUAGUUAUUAUGUAAAUUGUUUUGUAAUCCUUAAUUGUAAAAUAUUUUUCUAAAAAUUAAGUAUUAUUGUACUUAAUUUAUAUAAUUAUCAUGAUUUAAUGACAAACGGGAAUUAUCUAUAAAGAAGCAAACAAUCUCGUUAAAAAUUAAUUGAUAAAUAUUACUUUUUAAGAACAUAAAGCAACAACGAUCUUGAAGCUCCUAAUUAGAUCAUAAUCAGAUCAAUAAACAAACUACUAUAACACAAUAAUACCUAUAUAAUAUAAAAUUAAUAACAAACUUGGUAGCUAUUUAAUUUACGAAUAUACAAAUUGUAAUCUGGAAUUUUUAUUGUUAAUAGUUUUAUUUGACAUUUAACACAAAUUAUUUUGUGUUUAUUUUUCGUAUCUUUAAUUUUGUACGAGUAAAAAUAGAGACAAAUAAAUAUACCUAUUUUUGUAUAUUUAGCUGGUGAAAUUGUUUAGUACUUUGCCUCAAGGGAAGCACGGCAUUGUCAGUUAAAUAUAUAAAAUCAUAAAUAUAUUUAUGCGUGUAUUUAUAUGAUUUGUUUUAUUUAAUAUUUAAAUUUUGUUGUUAUUUUUUAAAGCGUAUUUUUUAAGCCCAGAGUUUGUAACAUGCGCGCUCAUAUUUUGAUAUAAAUAUAUAUGUAAAAGUA